AUGACGGUGUCCACCGCUGCGCAGCUGGCGACCCUGGUGGAAAGCACCAACUGCUCCGAUGGGGCGUUCGUGGUGUCCUGGCAGGGGGCGCUGACCCUGUCGGAGCCGGUGGUGGUGGGGAACUCUACCACUUUGUCGAUCGAGGGGGUUGGGGACGGCUCUGUUUUGGAUGGCGGUGGUGGUAGUCGGCUCUUUCAGGUAUCUGGGGGAGCCUCUCUGUUUUUGCAAAACUUGGAGCUGCGGAAUGGGUCGGCGCCCUACUAUAACGGUGGCGGGGCCAUCUACGCCGAUGGCGAGCAUGUAUCCCUUCUGGUAUCAUCGUGUAACUUCACGGCCAACAGGGCUCCCCUCGAUGGAGGCGCUAUCCUGUCGACGGGUGCUGGCUCCAUCAUUGCUCUCAACGACUGUCGCUUCGAAGGCAACACGGCCGAGUGGCGAGGAGGCGCGGUGAUGGCCAACUCCGCCGCGGCGGUUACCGCGCGCAAGACCCUCUUCCUGGCCAACGUAGCGGAAGGACCGAACUCCGCUUGGGACAACUUUGAUGUCGGCGUCGGCGGGGCCGUCGGCCUGUCGGGAGGCACGCCUCAGCUGGCUUUCCACGAGUGCGAGCUCCGGCACAACAACGCCACCUCUUACGGGGGUGCGGUUUAUUCGGAUGCCGGGGCUAGCGUCACGAUGAAUUCCACCUUGCUCGACGGGAACUGGGCGGGGGAGGACGGCGGCGGGGUCCACGUGAAGGGGGAUGUCGCACAGGUUGACGUGCUCGACAGCGUCUUCACCGGGAACUUCGCCUCCGACUCCGCGAGCUGGUCAUCGUCAUUGUCGCACGUAGGAGGGGCCCUCUACGUCUUCGGUCAGGCGGCGGUUUCCAUCAAGUCGUCCAGUUUUACCGGCAACGGAGCGGAGGGCGCUGGUGCCGCGUAUUUUUCUGGAAGCAACAGUAUUUCCGUCGAGGGCUCGUCCUUCGUGGGGAAUCUCGGAAACGCCCAAGGCGGGGGAAUCAUGAUCAUCAACGAAGGUCCCUUCGACGUCAACUUCACGGACACGGCUUUUUCGGACAACUGGUCCGGCGGCAACGGCGCGGGGCUGUGGGCCUUCCUCACCGCGGGCAACCUGACCCUCCUCCGCACCAACUUCUCCAACAACGCGGUCGCGUACCGGGAGGGCUUCUUCGACGUGCCAAAUUCUCACCGCGGCGGAGGCGUUUGGGUCUCCGGGGACGGGGAGAUGGCCGUCCAGGCGGAGGACUGCCACCUGGAGGGGAACGAGGCCGGCGCGCAAGGGGGCGGGAUGGCCAUCGAUGGCGGCGUGUUGCGCGCGGCCGGCUGCGGGUUCUCGGGCAACGUGGCCGGUCGCGGCGGCGCGAUCGCCGCGGCGGGGGAGGACGACGAUUCGGCGGCGGUGGUCUUCGUGCGCGGCGGUUUCAUGCGGGGGAACUCCGCGGAGCUCGGCGCCUGGGGCCUCUGGUACGGGUACGGGGGCGGCCUGUUCGCCCAGGACGGCGCGCAGGCGGUCCUGGACGGGGUCGCCUUGGACGGGAACUCCGCGGGGUUCGGGGGGGGGGUGUCCCUGUCGGCGGGGUCGGCGGUGUCGGCCACCGGCGGGACGAACUUCACGUCGAAUGUCGCCGAGAUCGGGGGCGGCGCCGUCAACGCCUGGGGGAGCGGCAGCAGCUUCUGGGCGUCGGAAGGGUGCGGCUUCACCGGCAACGUGGCCGAGGGCGCCGCCGCCGCCGCCAGGUCAACCUCCAGCGGCAGCGACAGCAGCGGCGACAGCUACAGCCCGACGGUGGACCCGGGGGGCCCCGCUGGGGGCGCGAUCUACGUUACGAACGGGGGGGCCGUGUCCGUGCUGGACUCGACGCUGUCGGAGAACAGCGCCCACGGGCGCGGGGGCGGGCUGUACUGCGCGGGCGACGCCAACGUCACGGUUGCCCGCGCGGGGUUCGCCGGACAUGAGUCCGGGGUUGGGGGGGGGGGGGA